AUGAAUGAUGAUGGAAUUGGAAGAGCAACAGAAGAAACAGUUAGAAUAGUUAAAGCAAAUCAAUUUAAUGAAAAACAUGGAGCAGUUUAUUCACUCGAUUGGAAAACAGAAAAAUACACAAUUGAACCAACACCUGAUGGAAUUAAAAAAUAUUUAACAACACAUUAA